AUGGCGGAGGGCGGGCCUGGCGCAGGUGGGAGCCCCGGCCCCAGCUCCGCUCCGAGCGCCCCGGGCAGGGCUCCGAGCCCCCCGGUCCUGCCCUGCCCCGGCCUGGGGCCGCCCGCUCCUCUCCGCGGGCGCGGGGCUGUGCCCGCCCCACAGAGCGCCCACAGCCGCCCUGAUCCCCACCCCACGCGGCCACGAGCGGUUCUGUUCGUGGGCCUUAUGGUGCCUUUGGAAGCAGAAAUUCCUGUGGAACAACUUUUUUCUGCCCCUGCAGCCCAAUAUCUGCCACCUGUGCUUGGGGAAACUCCCCCUGGAGAACCCCCUGAUCCAAAAAAAUGUUCUCCUCGAGAGUUCUUGGAGUUUUACAUCUUCCCAGUGCUCCUGCCAGGACUGGCUGCACUUCUGCAUGAAGUAGAGAAGGAGAAGUGUUUAGAGGAAAAAAGAACCAAAUUUAUUCCCACUGAUUUCCUAACUGAGUGGUUAUACAACAAGAAUCCAAAGAGGAAAGAUGAGUCAUUCACAGAAUUGUUUUCCAUUCCUUUUGUUAAGGACUGGCUAAAGGACCAUCCUAGACCACCAGUUCCUCUAUCUCUGCUUCUAUCAGAAGAAGAAGCAAGCAUACUAAUCCAGUCCUUCUGGAGAGGUUAUCGGGUCCGUUGUGAUAGUGAAAUACAAGAGCUCCGUCAGUGGCAAAAGAAGCUGAGAGAGGAGAGGUACAUUCAUGAGGUGGUGAGAAAAUUCUGGGCUAAACAGGAAGCCAAAGUGGGAAGCAAAUCAGAAGAGCCGGACUAACGUACACAAAAUCCUUCAACGUCUCAAUUUUAGUUUCCUCACUAAAAUUGCAAAGCACAGAGCUCAUGGACUUUGUGAUACUGAUUUAGAAACCCUUUUAGCAUUAAAGUUUUACAUGUGAGGUAUUGUAAAUCAAAGGCAGGUUAUGUAAGGACCCAGCAUGCCAAGACAAAAUUCAGUCUUAGUCUAAGUGAGCACAAUUCCGUUAAAACAGAUGGAAUGGUGCACAUCUAGCCAAAAAUGUUGAAUCUGUAUUUAUCUUGUGUUCCUGAAUGCUCACUUAAACCCUUUUCUGACAGGAACAAAACUCUGGAUGAAAUUAAAUGGGGUUCUAUCCACAUGUAGGCAAGUGUUAAAUCUUCAUUUAUCAUGAACUGGAGUUCUCUGACUCCUGCAGAGCUAUGACAAUUUACACAAAUCCAGGCUCUGUUCAGAACGGUCUAAUUUGCAGAAAUGCUGUGCCCCUGCAAUUCCAAUGGAAGGCAAUGAGAGCUGGGGUUGCUCUGCAGUUCUGCAGGGGAGAAAAGUCAAAGGCCCUUUUGUUACCACUUAGCACAUGUGCUGGGAAAGUGUAGAAUUAAGAUCCCAGUGUCAGCAUUUUCAGCAAUCUUAUGCAGGCUACUUACUUUUAUCAGGUCCAAGCACAGUAAAAAUCAGAUUGGGCCUCUUGCUAAGGAAUCCUUAUUAUUUUUUUAACUUAGUCCUGCCAAGAACGGUCUUAUUUAUGCCUUUAUAAUUUCACAGUUAGGGAAGAUAGUAGCAGAACUACAAAUAAUUCCAUGUAAGUCAAAGGUGUAGUUGUUUUGACUGAACCCCUAAUAAAACAUGGGGGGUCUCCAGCACUUGCUGUGGGUCCACAUGGAUUUCUUCCUUCACUUGCACAGACUUUGUCCUCACUCUUACACCAGUACCCACCCCUUGGGUUUGCUCCUGGUUGGUGAUGAUGGUUCUUACACCAGCUCUGGAAAAUCCAACCAUUUGAAGAAAAACUCUCAUUCUGCACUCUUCAAACCCAGCUGAAUUCUUCUGUCCUCUCCUUUUCACAAGCAAUUGAACCAGAACAGGAAACUGCUGAGCCAACAGGGGAAAAAAGCAUCCCUUUUGUGUUAAGAGUUUGGCUGCUGAGCUCCUUGACUGGCUCACCCUGGGUUUGAUAGGUGCCAGAGCUAAGGGUAAGUGUGGGAAUGUGGCCAGAGGUGGAGGAAUGUGCUUUAGGAGCCCUUUCCUUCAGUUUAACACUGAGGAACUGCACCAAGGAGCAAUUCUCUCUCUGUAGCAGUGCUCACUGCAAUGGAAAAAAAUCUGUGUGGAUUUUAAAACCAAGAGGACACAAACAUUGUAAGUAAAUAGUAAAGCCUUUAUUCUCAUUAAGAACAGCAUUUUGAAAAUAAAACAUUUGCCCAUGCUUUACAA